CCCCAGAAAUAACAGGAAGCAUCAUCUUCACUGCACGUGUUAAGAUAAAGUGAGGAAGAGGAAGGGGAAAGAGAAGCCAGAGAAGUAUAGUAGAAUAGCAGAAUAGUACCAAAAACUGAAAGAAUGGCAACACAGGAUAGGCAAAUUAGGUAUUAUUUAAAGAGUUAUGAUAGCACAGGAGGGAGAUUCAAUAGGGUGAGUUGAGAUUGUGGUGGGUGUUCAUAUGGGUUGGAUAAGGAAAGUUAGGGGCGGGGGGGAUUGACUUUUGUUCUUCGGUGCCUGUGCUCUUCAGUCUUUCUACUGAGAAGGGAACGUUGACAGACGCCUGAGCUCCGGCAAAACACCAGGACGUCCCAGAUAAGAGUGAGAUCAUGGGACCAGGACUGGGACAUUAGUGGCUCUACUGGUAAAUGGAUGGCGUGGACGACGCUCACAGCAAACACCUCUCCCCACAGACGACAACAAAGCACCUUGGCUGGAUAAUACAAGAGGAAAAGCAAGUGGGUGUAGGAGGAAGCACAACCCCUUGAUGGAUCGAGGUGCUAGGCAGAGCCAGAGAUCAAAAGCAGAACAGUCAUGAAGAUGAGCGGAGUGAACCAGAGCUGUGUCAGCAACACGGAGCUCCAGACCUACCAGCACCAAGUCUAUGUGGUGGUGUACGCCAUCAUCUUUACCCUGGGGCUGCCUUGUAACUUGGUAGCGCUCUGGGUUUUCCGGCAGUACGUGAAGGAGACCAAGAAAGCAGUGUUGUUCAUGAUGAACCUGGCCUUGGCCGACCUGAUGCAGGUGCUCACCUUGCCCCUGCGGAUCUACUACUACCAUUACAACAAAUGGCCCUUCGGCCAGCCCUUCUGCAUCUUCUGCUUCUAUCUCAAGUACGUCAACAUGUACGCCUCCAUCUUCUUCUUGGCGUGCAUCAGCCUGCGCCGGUGCGAGCUCAACAUGUAUCCCCUGAAGCACAGCUCGUCCAAGAAGAAGGGAGACUUGGUCGUCUGCGUCUCAGGCUGGCUGCUGGUCUUCCUCUGCUGCAUCCCCUUCCCCGUCCUCCGCACCCCCAUACAGCCCCAGGCGGACCUCAACCCCGAGGCCGGCGGCGAUGCCCUGGUCAGUGCUACGAGCCCCAGCCUCCGGGGUCCUGCCGGAAACGAGGUUUGCUUCUCAGAGCUGCCCAUGCAGCCCGUGGGCAUACCGGUGGCCUGUACCCUCAUCAUCAUGGCCGAGUUGCUGGGCUUCAUCCUGCCCUUAGUCCUGGUGCUCGUGUGCGCCUGCCUGAACGUGGCGAGCCUGCGGAGCCGGACGGAAGGGGUGUCACAUGACCGGCGGGAGCAGCGGCGGGCCAUGAAGCUGGUGAUGAGCUGUCUGAUGGUGUUCCUGGUGUGCUUUGUCCCGUACCACGUGACCUUUCCCCUGGACUUCCUGGCCAAGGUGGGCGCCCUGGGGUGCAGCGUGCGGGAGCAGGUGCUGCGGAGCCACCCGUGGACGCUGUGCCUGGCGAGCAUCAACUCCUGCCUGGACCCCAUCAUGUACUAUCGCACCACCAAAGAGUUCUGGAGGCGGGGACGUUGAGGCGUCGGCUGACACGCCGAGGAACCCUACCGUGCGCUGCCUCAAAAACCGCCAAAAGGUGGUUCUUGUUGUGGACGAUUUGUUGAAUGUAAUUUUUUUAUAUUGCAUCUUUGUUUUAGGUAUCUUUUUUAAAACACAGGGGUGUUUUUACUAUUGUUUCCAUUUGUACUACUCCGUUAGUUAUAUUUCCUUUGCAGCAGGAGAACGGAUUUUCCUUUUGUCUACCAGAAAGCCCCCACACCAUUUAAUGUGAAACAGAAGGUCAAAGCUCUGAACGCCGAGGGAAAAAGGUGGUAUUGACACAGGACUUGUCAAUGCCACUGAGUGAAUGUAUAGAAUACCGAAACCAUUUAAAGAAGCAUUUCUUUGGGAGAAAUGAUGUUGGAUGAAACUAUUGUAUGAUUAAACUAUUUAAUUAAUA